AUGGCACAUUGCUUCUGUGUAGAUUACCGGGGCCUUGACAUGGUGACCACGCCUGAUGCCAUCUUGGACUCUACGGUGAAACGCUCCUCCGUGGCAUACCACCCUCAGUCCAACGGAGUUGUCGAGCGCAGCAACAGGGCCGUCGAAGAUGAGCUUGCAGCUCUCGUUCAGCGUACACCUCAGUGGCCCAUCCACCUACCAUCCGUUCGUCUUGCACUCAACACCGCCCCUCACCCGUCUUUUGGAGACCAGCCCUUGUACCUGUUGACUGGGAGGAUGGCCCUCUUCACUACAGGGCUCACCAAUGUGCAGACGGCUGACGAAGGGCUGAUGGUGCAACGGCUGACCGGAUGCCUGACGUCUGGCAGUCGAAGUGCUGCCAAGUCGCUCCCGCCUUUCGAGCAAGCGUCACUGGUCCUGAGGAAAGUUGAGGGCAACCGAGGACGUCUGAACGAUCGCUGGUUGGGGCCAUGCCGUGUUGUGAAGCAGCUAGGGCCUGUCACAUACGACGUGCUGGAUCUGCAGACCCCUCACCGUGCCGUCCGUGUGUACGUUAACCAGCUGAGGUCGUAUACGCAUUCCUCAGAGCUGGACUUCGCCGAGGAAGGGAAUAAGCUCCCUAGAGAAGAAACUCUGCGCUAG